CUUUAGGAACUGACCACAGCUUAACACUCCUCACAUCACACAGCGCAGAAAACGUCAUCCACCGCUAAGACAACAGAGGUCAUGUCGUCCAGUCUGUCCGUACGGAGUUUCUCUCUGGGCCGGCAGCCCUCUUUCACCAGCAUGUCUCUGAGGGACAGUGGACGUGCCCGAUCCAAAGCCGCCGUCUCAUUCACUUCCGCCAAGCCUCUGUCUCGCUCUGCCUCCAUGAGCAUGUCAGAUCUGAACGGCCCGAGCAAUCUGUCCUUCAAUGGCCUUCAUGGCAACAGCACCAAUGAGAAAGAGGCCAUGCAAAGCCUCAACAGCCGACUCGCCAGCUACCUAGACAAGGUCCGCUCUCUGGAGAAGUCCAACGCUGACCUGGAGCUGAGGAUCAAACAACUGAUGCUGGACCGUGUGCCCAAAGGACAUGAUAUUGACUCCAUGAUGGCCCAAGCCCAUGCUCUGGAACAGGAAGUAAGAAAGAAGACUCUGGAGAACGCUCGGAUCAUGCUUGAGAUCGACAACGCCAAGCUGGCUGCAGAUGAUUUCAGAAUCAAAUGGGAGACGGAGAGUGCGAUGUGUCAGUCAGUGGAGCGGGACUGUGUGGCCCUGAAGAAAGCCAAGUCAGAUCAUGACCAGAUCAUUGCCACCCUCCGUGGUGACCUGGACAGCCUGAAAGAGGAGCUUUACUUCCUGAGGAAGAACCAUGAGGAGGAAAUAGACAGCGUGAGAGGCCGGGUCGCCCAAGAGGAAGUGAGUGUGGAGGUGGAUGCGGCCCGCGGGCCAGAGCUGGGGACGGUUCUCUCUGACCUCAGGUCUCAGUACGAAGGCAUUGUCCAGAAGAACAAGGAGGAAGCUGAGAGCUGGUACCGUAAAAAGCUGGAGAUGGUGCAGAUGCAGGUGCGCGAGAGUAAUGAAGCUCUGAGAGGGGCUCAGAGUGAACUGACCGAGAGGCAACGCUUUCUGCAGACACUGGAAGUGGAACUGGAGAGCCUUCACAAACAGGUGGCGGCUCUAGAGGGUAACCUGGGUGAGACGGGGCAGAAGUACACCCUGGAGAUGGAGCGGCUGCAGGCGACCCUGGCCCAGCUGGAGGAAAACCUGUCACAGCUGCGUCUGGACAUGCAGCGCAACAAGACGGACUACGAGCAGCUCCUGCGCAUCAAGCAGAACCUGGAGAUGGAGAUCGCAACCUACAGGAGACUGCUGGAGGGAGAGGAGACGGUUAAAGAGACCCCUCCACCCCCCAAGAAGGAGCCUGACGUUCGGACCCGUAAGAUAGUGAAGGUGGUAACACAAACCAUGAUCAAUGGCAAAGUGGUGGACGAAUCCAGCGAAGUUGAGCAGAUUGAGGAGGCGAAGAAGUAAAACAAGAACAAGUCUGUCUGUGGAAUUCUCUGUAUAAAAGCUUCUAUUGUUCAUUUGGAAGCCACAUUACCUUGGGCCCCCACAGAGCCCCUGAUUUUUUGUUUCAUUCCCAGCCUUUCAAAGAUAUCGUCUUUCCUUUCUCAAGCAACAAAAGAGCUGAAAUGACUAGGAACGCCAUCAGAUUUAGAGCUGAAACUGAAGAAGAAACAAGUGCUCCUGUUAUUGCUUUUAGGGACUUAUCAGACCAAAACCCUUUAUUCUUUCUGCAUGCAAUAUUUAUUUCUAAAUAGUGUAGUGUGAGAAGAAUUUAUUUACUUAAGAGGUUGCUUUUCUGUCAUUUCUUUCACUCUUUCACUCUUUAUCUGUAAUAAAAUCAUACAACU